AUGCAGAAGGAGAAGGAGGAUCAACUGAAGCACCUCGCAGAUCGCGUGCUUUCGUUUAGGCACAAACGAAAAGCCAUCGAUCGGACUAUAAGUGAAUACACAUCGGAACCAGUGGAUGAUUUACUCAAGUAUUUCCCUUCGACUCCGCUCACAAAACCGUUUGUGAUUGAGAAUGAUUACCGCGGGGUCGGCGAUCGAGAUGAAUCUGACGCUUACGAACCAUCGGGCAAAUCUCGGCUGCAACCGGUCUCGAUCGAAAACCCGCCAGACGACUAUGGAAACGUAGCGCGACAAAUGGUUGCCCCGCAUUCUCGACCCAAAGUGAAAGGUGUCACCUUUUCGGGCGGUGUUGUGGACGACCGUGGCGGAGGAACUACGUGGGCUGGAACCGCAACCAACCUAAAACGAAGUGCCAGCACUAAUGACCUGCAAACUCAAAUCCGGAAGAUUACGGUGUCUGCGUCGACGCAGUACGAGUCGAUAGACCACGACCGCGAAUGGGCCAAUGGGCUGGAAGAUGCUACUUCCAAGCGACGACCAAUUACUUCCAUGCAUGACAAUCGUCUCGUCUUGGCGGAUGCUGAAAUCAGCUAUAAGAAGGACAGAUACCAAAAAACCAGCGAUGUUCAGGCACAAAUUCGAGGGAUUACCAAAAAUUCCGGUGUACAGGUUGGGGUUCGCGUAGUGCCGAAGGCAAUUGACCUCACACAAGUCGAAAUUGGUAACCUUGGUCUGGAAGUCCAGGACAAUCGUGAAGCAGCCGGUCUAGGUCUCCGUGUUGGCCAGGUUCUAUGUCCGGUGACGAUUGGAACAGCAAUGGAUCUUUAUGAGGGACCUGGAAUACAAGUUCUUGGCAUUAAUGACGUUGACUCACUCAACUUAGAACUGAGAAACUCCAUCGCCCAUGCAACUACGGACGUACACAAACGAUUAAAGGUACGAGAUGUCCAGGCUCAGAUCUUCACAAAAUCGGACAGUACGCUCCAUUCAGAAUUCUGGGACAAUCUAGUCCAAAAACAACCGGUCAGUGAGACGCAACUGAAUGAAGCUCAAUUCCAUCAGAAGACCGCAUCGGUUCAAGCGGUGGCUGCUAUGGAAGUCGUCAAUAUAUCCUCAAAUGAACCAAAGAAAAAUGUCGCCGAGGGAUCGGUUGCAUCAUUUUGUCUCUUACCUGAGAAUCAACCCAAAGAAGUUGGACAUUUCAAUUGUGAACCCACGACAUCUGCUGUGAUGUCCCAAAUCAGCUGCCUCCUGCAUUCCCGCGGAAUCCACUCUGAUCUGCAAACUUACCUUUCCGACUACAAGCAACGCCAUGGCAUUGCCACAGAAACGUCAGAUUUAUGCACGCAGAUCAAUAUAAUUAGCAAAGAUAGCAACGUUAACACAGAUGAGAUGGGUAACAGGUCCUCAGAGCCACAACGCCAGGUGUCUUCGAACGUUGCCGACGGAAUAAUACAACCGGUGAAAGCCGAAGGCACGGCCUCCUUCAAGACUGAGGCGUGGGCUUCUACGACAGUAGACAACAGGGCUGCUCAGGAAUACCCAGACUCACAGGAUGCUCAAACGUUGAUAAGAAAUGUGGUCAACAAUGCAGAAACCCAGGUGUCAUCGAAACUCAUCCCAACAGAGGUAACUGUGAGCAAAAUCAAGACGACAAACAUGGAAAUAUCAUUCAUUAAUCAACUGCAAGAAGCAAAUAUCGCAUUUCCAGUCGAUUCCCUGGUCUGUCCAGCUGAUAUGAAAUUCCGAUCGGAACUUUACGAGGGAAGCGAAUUAGCCAUGGCUGACUACAAUGAUUUGGGAAAUAUUCUUGUCACACACAGCGAUUCUGUUGCAAGAGGUUCCUUCAAACUGGAACCCACUUCGCAGAAGAGUGAAGACGUUCAGACUCAAAUUAUUAGCGACUUAAAAACCCCAGCAGCUGUUGUACUGAGAACGGGUGAGGUGGACAGGACUAAGCGCGAACUUCUUGUUGGAGAGGCUACCACCGGUUCAAAGUAUGUGCCGAGGUUGAAGCUUGUGGUAACAGACGUCACUGCGACCCCGCAACAACAAGUAAAUCCACAAUGUGACUUACAAACGCAAAUAAGUAGUAUGAGUGGACCAAAAGGCACCGAUGACUCGAUAAUCAGUGAAACAGAGCUUGUAGAAGGAGGAAGCAGCGUGGCUCGAAAAAAUUUGACGACUGAGAGUGGUUAUUCCACCCAGAAAGACACGAACGUUGAAAUUAGCGAGAACCGAGUGAGCGUAAAAGAUGCCAGCGAACAGACAUUCCCAAUUGUCAGCGAGACGAUUUGUGCUAAAUGCGGACAAAAGUAUUGUGACUUACAAAAUCAGCUUAACGCAAACACGAAAAAUGAGCCCAAUCAUCGAUCAGUGUCACAGACAAGGGAAGGCAGUGUUAUCGCCGACGUCAGUGCGCAAGUCGUAGAAGAAGCAUUCGCGACGACCCCUCGCCCGAAGCCACAGGUGGGCGCGGUUGACGCUUCCAUGCAAGUGGCCGUUGAGUUAGUGCCGAUAGAGAUAAAAAUGUCACACUGUGAUAUUGAGGACAUGCAGCUGGAAUUUGAAGAGGUUGACAACCAAGUCAGUAGCAGUGAAGUCUACAAGAUGCGAAUGAAGUCUGUCACGUGUCCGGCAAGAUUAAAAGUAAAAACACGCCUAACUGAAGGCUCGGGUGUACACGUCGUUGGCAUCCAAGACACUAGACAGAUUGGAUUUAGUGUCAGUUCUACGCCCACGAGAUUUGUGGAGGGAAAUGUUGCGUGUGUUGGCGGCGCUGUGGACGAUGAGUUCCAGUCGUUAGUUGCCUUCGAACAUCCCAUCAAAACGGGUACUGUGGCAGCCAGGAGCCGAAAUUCCAGCAGGUCGACACAAAGAAGCCUCAUUCGACUUAUCCCCUGCGAAAUCGACAGUAAAGCGACAAGGAACACUCACACAGACUCACAGAGUUUCAAGAUAACGGCAACUGCUUUCACGCAAGUGGGUACACAGCUUAUUCCACAGGCAAUAGGUAUCUCACCAGUCUCUCUGGAAAACAUGGAGGUUUCCGUGGCUAGUAAAGAGACAGGAGUGCAAGAACAGUCUUUGUCUGCAUCUGCAAUUCUUUAUCCCGCAGAAAUCGAAUUGGUCAGUAAACUCACCGAUGACAGAAGUGGUUUUGAGAUUGUAUCUUUGGCACAAGUUGAAGCCCUCCAAUUGAAUACCUCGGAAGAAGAGACGCACUUGCGUUACAGACAUGCCUCGCUAACAAAUGUAAACGGUCCUCAUCCAAGUGCUGACCUCCAGACUCAGGUUGGACCAACUGACACAACCAAAGAUAAGCCCCACGUCCUUCCGGCUAGCAUUGUGAUGAAGACAAAACAGUUUGACGGUAGUUCCAGGGCUCCCGAACUCGUGACCCAGUCUUUCGUUGGGAGUCUGCUCUCAGACGCCAGAGGAUGCAAAGCACUCACACUCAGAGCGGUAGCUGCAACGAGAAUGGGCAGAAGCGACAAUGGGGUUGCGUUGGUCAAUCAAGCUGCAUAUUUGACGAAAGAACAGAGUACUCAGGCAGUUAGCUCAGAAACACCAAAAAUCGGCCAGGAAGUUUACCUGCCACUUCAAAAACCAGCAGCUUCGGCGUUGCGAAAAUCAGAAGGCGUCCAGGUUGGCAUGAAGAUGGUUGCCAAAUCGCUUGAAGUCUCCCAGAUCCCUGUCGGAAAUCUCCAGCUGGAAUCGACAACAGGUUUGUCAGAGCAGAAUGUCAGCUACACUUUUGAUUCGCUUCGAUGUCCUGCAAAAAUAACUCUGCAAACAGAACUUUGUGAGGAAAGUGGGAUUCAGGUCUGUUCGCUUGACCAGGCAAAGGAAAUCGACGUUGGAUUAGUCAAUGAAUCAACGCAUUCCCCGAUCUCGCCACGAAUUUCCUCAAAAGAGCAUUCGACAAGACAGCGAAGCCUCAAGGCUGGUUGGUGGAGCAGCAUAAUAAGCGGUCGAACUCCACCAGUUGAGAGCAAAUCCAUGCAGAAUGCGGUCGUAAAGCUCCCCUCUCAAGGCAUCCAGGUCAGUUCAAAAGAGCUCCUUUCAAAGGAAUGCAAUUUGAUACUCGAGGCAGAAGCGUCGCUUAUUCCGAGCAGUUUAGUCAGCAGCACCGAGACAAGGGUGCCCACCAGCAGCAGCGCCAAGCAGCAAUUCAAAUUAGUCAUGACUAAUACCAAUAAUCAGGCCACAAAUAAGAAAACCACAAUGCAAACCUUGGAAGGACCAAGCGCAAGGGAUUGUGAGAUCCAAGUCGGCAUAAAACUGAUUCCUAACAGUGUUGAAGUCAAAUCGAUUAAGAUGGAGAAUAUGGAGGUGGAGAUGGCAGAUACAAAGUCAGUAAAUGUACUGAAAGCUGAUGUCAGCGCCAUCCUAUGUUCCUCUGGAAUAAAGUAUGACGAAGUCUUGGUUGAAUCACCAGGCAUCCAGCUAGUUGAUAUAAACGAUACAGAUGAAGUUGAAAUAAAUUACAACAAGGCAACCUAUAACGCUCAAGUCAUUUCAAAUGCCAAAAGACAAAUAAACGAAGAAAUUGUUUCCUCAGUAGGAUCGAAGAGCAGAGAGGGAAAAGUGUGGAACACGGUUCCGCAGAUGUCUCAAUCUACGUACUCCGACGGCACAAGAGAAGUCAAAACAAAUGAAACCACGACGCAGUUUGAGACACGAUUGCGCGUGAGACAUGAAGAAUACACAACAGAACAGAGCCUUCGAAGUGGAAUGUGGUCGGACAGGAACAGAGCGAGUAUGGUUGAUGGAGUAGCCCAGGUCGGCCUGAACCUCGUUCCUCGAAUUGUGGAAGUGAAUUCAAUUGCCGUGGAGAAUCUCGAUGCUGUGAGGGAAUCCAGAGACCAAGGUACGUGUGACCAAGUCGGCGUCAGUGCCAUGUUGUGCACCACCGCCACCGAAUACGACGAGGUGCUGACGGAGUCGCGGGGCGUCAAUGUGGUGCCGAUUAACAAAGCCCAGGAGAUGCAAAUCACACAUGGAGGAAAUGCCUAUUACACUACCGUAGAAACACAGAAACGCGUUCCCACACUUGGCUAUUACAGCGGUCAUCGAAAUCAGGUACCAGAUGUGGAGUCGAGAGAAACACGACUUCGUGUCCACCAUGCCGAGUAUUCUGCUGAAGGCGACCACCAGAUUCGGGCCACACACUACGACAAUGGCAGAUCAGUGGAGAGGGUCGACGGCGGUACACAAGUCGGUGCAGUAUUCGUCCCAACCGAACUGACUAUGCAGCGAAUGAGUCUAGACACACAGCAGAUCCCAGGUUUGUCGAGGUCCGUGUCGGAGAAGAGUGUUUUGUGUCCUGUCGGCAUGAAUAUUUCCACCGUACUCACUGACGGUUCAGGUGUGCAGAUAGCCGACGUCAAGAACACGUCUGAGAUCUCAGUCCAAAUGCACCAGGACAAAUACGCAGCCGAUAUCACAACUGACUCGGCCACCAACCAAGCACGCAUCAGCCUCAAAGAGAAGUCCAUCUCUAUGACAAGACAGCCGCUUAGUGCGCACAUUUCUCUUGUCGACCCAACAGCAAGGCGAAGUGACACAAGCUACACCAGUCAGGUGGAACGGUCAGGCAGAACGUUCGGUUCAGCUACCACACGAUUGAACUCGAGAUCCGUUCAAGUUGGAACCCUGCUUGUACCGACAACCAUUACGAUGGAAAAAGUCAACGUGGAGAACCUAGAGAUUGAGGUUCCACUGAGCCCUGGUCGACAUGCUGGUGUUAAUGUGAGCGCAGUGCUGGCGUCUUCUGCGACAGAAAUGACCGCCGUUCUCACCAAUGCCUCAGGAAUUCAGGUUGUUCCCAUGAAGAAUGCCGGCGAGAUUGGAAUUCAAAUGGGCGGAAAGACGUAUGUUGGAAGUGUCGACGCGUCACCUUCUGAUCGCGCCGCUGGAACAUCUCACACAUCGGGAGUCUUAAAGGACGGCAACGUGGAGCUGAAACGCGACAUGCAGCACAUUGUGUUGCCUUUGCGAAUGGAAAGUGGAACCAGCCAGGCCUCUGCGUACGCCGAAGGUCUUCUUAGGCAGAGUACUGAUUUGAGCAGACUCCACGAUGUACUGCGAUCGAGGGAAGCUACACCGAGUCUGCGAGUCACAACGUCCACCUCAUCCAAUCUGCAUAGCCGCCCAGGUCUCCUGAGAAUGUCAGGGGAUUUGAUCACCCCCGUGACUGAAUCCAUGGUUGAGUCGUCCUUGCCUCCUGCCAAAGAAAUGAGGGAUAGCGAGGUUCAGGUGGGACUUAAACUUGUUCCUCAAACGCUCGAUGUCGAACACGUGAGAAUGGAGAAUAUGAAUCUUGUUUACAAACCAACUAGUGGAUACGAGCAAGAAUCGAAUGCUGGAAGACUUAUCAUUGCCUCUGGUUUGCAUUACGAUCCAGUACUCUCAGAUACAGUCGGUGUUCAAGUCGAGCCAAUCCAAUCUGCUGAUGUUGUUCGUAUCCGUGAUGGAAGCAACGUUUUUCAUGCGACGGUGGUUUCUGACCGUAAUUUGACCCAUUGUAAAGAAACUAGUAUUGGACAAAGUAACAGGUAUUUAACAUCAGUUUCUGGUACACCGCAUACGUCCAUGGAAGGCGAGACUACUCUCCAUAUCUGUCACAUCGAAUCUGCUUGCGAUGGCAAGCCUUUACUGAUUAAUGCCACAACGAAUCGCGAUAUUCCAAACCGGUCUGCUGUUUUCUCAUCCGCCGCUGAAAACUGGAUUAACUCAUCCUGCCAGUAUUGUGGUCGUCGAAAGGUUGAAACGAAAAUUAAAGAUUCAACAGAUCUAUUCACCGGAAGCUCUUCUGCCUCGCUAAAAAUUCCCUGUUUACAGAGUGAUGCUUCAGUCCAGGUUGGUAUUCAAAUCAUGCCCAAGUCUAUAAAGCUCGACAGCGUCGCCGUGGAGAAUCUUUUGCUGGAAGUCAAGGACGAAGAGAUGGCAGCAAACCUCGAAUUUCCGGUUGGGGCUAUUUUCUACCCAUCCGAAAUUGAGGCUGAGGCAGCCCUGAAUGAAUGUGGAGGCAUUGAAAUGCAAGAGGUUGACACCAUCAGGGAAGUAGUUAUUGAGCAUGGCGGCGAAAGGAAGGUCGCAGACGUGUAUUUCUCACCGCCGAAAAAACUCGUAGGGUCCUUUGAAAGCAUUAAUUCAGAACGGCAGGAGCUGGCACAAGUGUCAAGAAAGCAACAGCAAACAACUGUGAAUAGGAAGACACUUUCCCUCAAGACAGCCACCAUCAUCCUUCCAAAAAGCCAACCAGAAACGUCAGAUUCCAUCUUCAAAACCGGACCAAUGACCAUUAGAUCUUCGAGUCAGAAGCCUCGCAUCUUACUGUCCGGAAGACGAAAACAAGUAAUGCGUGUGAGGACUGAAGUCAGUACUGAACCAACGGGAGCUGCUGAGUCUAGGAUAUUCACAUGUCCAUGUGGACGUUUGUACUCAUCAACAGACGGCAAAAACCGUCCCCUUAACGUCUCUUGUAACGCCUGUGGCGCCAGCGGUGUUGUAGUUGUCGAGGGAGCUGAGAGUAUUUCUCAAGAAGCAGUUGAGCCCAUGUACACAUUGAUUCAGAGACCCAAAUUGGAGGAAACGAAAUCUGCUGACUGGUACAACGUAGCCUGCGAGGCCAAAAUCCAGCCUGAAAUGUUCUCGAAACGCCUUACUGCAAAAAUUUUUGCUUCAUCUGCGGAAAUUGGAACUCAAUUCUACGGUAGUGUUCAAAAUGCUGACGAUGUUCCCAAUGAGACCAUUGUCUUGCUCGAAUCCAAAACUGACAGCCCAUAUCGUCAAAUCACUUCUGAAACUACCUACCAUCCACUGACACAGGGAACCACAAUUAACCGAGUAAAAUCAACCGGGAAUUUGACCGUUCAACAAACGAAUAUGGUUCACAUGAGUACCCAGUGUACGAUAACUCACAGAGAUUCACUGGCGGCCGUAAGUGCCAUUAAAAUUAAUGCAGCGGCUGGAUUUCACCAAUCAAGAUCGCCUUACACCGACGACAUGACCUCCAUAACUCUUGAGGGCGCGAGCAAAGACGAAACAUUUGGCAAAACCCAGAGGCGUACUCAUUCUGCUGAUUCUCAAGCACAGAAGAAAACCGCCAGGAUUUGCGCAAAGUGCCAGAAUAAAGUCAAUAAUACGGAAACUAAUGCUUCAGAAUCUGUUACACAAACAUUGACGAUUCAAAGGGGUUCUACGGAGAACGUUGCUGGAAUAUCGGAGUCCACAUCGGCUUCUCGGACAUCUGCGCUUCGAAGAAACUUCUUCUCUGGAAGCACACACACUCGUUCCUCGGAGUUUAUUGAUACUAUUGGCAGCCAUACGGAUGCAGAUCGAUGCGCGAUGUGUCGAGCUGAACUAACCUCUGGUGACUUGACCACAUCUAUAUUAUCAAGUACUUCUAGCCUUGCUGGCUUUGAACCUAUGACGAAUGUUGAAACAAAGGAAAUCGCGGAAGCUUUCACACAAGUAAAUAGAACAACAGCAGAUGUAGGCAGCUUUGUCAAGGGUAGACACCACUUGUCGCUUUAUCAGUCCCUAAAGGAAAAUCGAAUUAUCCAGGCAGUAAUUCGAGAUUAUGAGGUGGAGAAGGGUAGAGCGUCAGGUCAACUGUCAGUGGAAGCCAAAGAACUCGCCGAUAUUAUGGCUCCAACUAGUCGCCAGACAGCGUUGACUUCUAGCCAACCACCUGCCUACAAUGAAUUGCGACACAACAUGCUCGCGAGAAAAGUUGUCGAAAGUUACGAAGCUUCCAGACGCAUCCAGAGAAGGGACGAUUUUGUUCAGACUGAUGAAAGUCAUCUUAGUGAAAGGAACCCAACUGACUACACAAGGUCGCUCAGCACCGGUAGCCAGGCUCAAAACGCCGCCAAGCAGAUUAUCGAGGUCGUUUCCACAUUUGCAAGGCGCGAAAGUCAAGUCUCCGCGAAGAAGUCGCUCUAUGUUACUCUCAGAGCCAAUCCAAUUAUUCAUCAAGUGAUCAGGGACUACGAGAAAGAUAAGUGCGAGCAGAAGUAUCCACUAAUAUCGCCUUCUGAAGCAGAGGAGAUUGCAGAGGUGGUCGCUAACGCCCACCUCUUGGCGCAGACUGACCAGAGAUCUGUCACAGAUAAGUCCCUUUACGCCAAUCUCGAGAACACUCAGCUAAUUCGCAAGGUCAUUGCCCACCACAAAUCUGAACGACAGGAAACCCUGAAGGAAGCACUUGUACAAACUGAGAUCCCACUUACAGCAUCCAUAAAGACCCCAAUUCAAAGCCUCGACGGUCAGGUAGCGAUACUCGAAGCAGAACAAUUCGUAUCGGCGACUACCAGCUCCCACGGUGGCUCAUCAGUCGCCAGGCGAGUUAAAAAACGGCGACCAAUCAAUGCACCCCUCUCCUCAUCAAUUAGCAGUGACUCAUCGGGCGACGAAGUUGUCGAGGUUUCGAGUAGACCCCGAUGGUCCCCUCUGCACACAUCCGAAAGCACUAAAUAUGAUGUUGCGUGUUCAGCCCUUAUAACUCCCGAGGUUUGGGACAAGAGGAUUCAAGCCGACACGAUGACUGACAAACGGUGA